CCUUUUCUUUUUUCUUUUCGUACUUUUUCUUAAAACCUUCCUUUUACGAUAUAUAUACUCGUCACAAACUAAAAUUCAAAUGAAUCGCAGCGCCUCCUUGCUAAAGACCGUUUUCACUCCGGCCGCCCGGUACCACAGCGCAUUAUGCACAGCAGCCACCAGGACAACUGGCGUUUCAGUCUUGGCCCUGGCCAAGAGCCAAAGCGCAAACACAUGCGUGCAGCAGCGCCUUACUUACAGCACAGAACAGCCAGCACCACCAGCAACCAGCCCACCCAAACAUGUGCUUCCAGAGAAAUACGCGGCAUUCUUCCGCAGCCUGCUCAAGCGGUUCCUGCCGCAAUACCAGGCGCAAUCCAUCGGUAAAAUGGUCUACAAAUCGUGCAGCACAUACCCAGACUUUAAGGAGUUCUGGGUGGGUGAGUGCCAGCUUCCAGAGACAUUCCAAACGUGGUUUUCCACGACGUCCUUGUACGUGUGGAUGGCCAUGGUGCGCAUUCGUGCUGAUACCAAUUCCAAGCAUUACAACCAGGGCUUGAUCGAUCAGUUUUUCCAGGACGCCGAAGCUAAGAUGCGCGAGUCGGGCAUAAAGUCAGGCCGCAUCAUCAACGACACACUGAAGGAUUUGGUUCAGUCCUUCCAGGGCACCGUGAUGUCACUGGACGAGGGCUUUGCCCGGUCGGACGCUGUCUUGGCUGCUGCCAUCUGGCGCAAUUUGGUACCUGUCGACGAGGCCGUAAUGCAGAUCGACACCGUGGUCCGGUAUGUGCGCCAGGAGCUGCAAAGGCUUGACAAGUGCGAACUGUCGGAGAUUACCUCGGGCAACUUUGUCUUUGAGUCCAUCAGCGAGCAAAAAUAGGUUUAAUCUUUUUAUUGAGCCAUCUUUGUCUUUAUCUGAAGCAAAAAAAAUCAAAAAAUCAAUUAUGCGAUCAUCUUUCCUUAUGCCAAAUUUUUUUGAAGGGGAUAAUAUUGAGGUGCAGUGAGCUGAGUGGCUUUGCUAGGCAGUUGCAUCUGGCCGU